CAGCGUCGCAAUGGGCCUCAUCCGGACGAUAGCGCUCGUGGUAUUGAGUAUUUCAUUCGUAGUGUUUGUGGCACUUUUUGGACGUCUUCCGAUAUUCAGACGCACGCCCAUCGCAUUUCUGCAUCAACUGCUCUGGCGACAUAUUCCAAAUGGCUUCGUCGCGGUCGAUGAGAGACUUACGGGACGUCGUAUAUCGCGGAGUCUGUCUCGGACGGGCAAUUACUUGAUGAACGAGAAACAUCCUGUCGUACUGAUCUUCUUCGUCAUCUUACAAGUCGUUGGGGAGGGUUUGUUUGUGCCAGCGGCAUGGGACCGACUAUCUCCGUUGCAGAAGGUGGUGACACCGUGCCUUGUUGUUGCACCUCUGUGGUUUCUCUACCUGUGCGCGACGACGUCUUCCAACAUCACACGGCAGAACCACAGGUCAUGCAUGCUCGCAUACCCGUAUGACUUUGCGCUGUUUCACCCGGGGUAUUUCUGCAGUACGUGUAACUUUGCUAAGCCUGCGCGGUCGAAGCACUGCCCGAUAUGCAAGGCGUGCAUUCAGAAGCAGGACCACCAUUGUAUUUGGAUCAACAAUUGUAUCGGGCGCAACAACUAUAUGUGGUUCAAUUUGUUGCUUGUGGCUACGGCGGUCCUGCUGGCUUAUGGGGCCAGCCUGGGCUAUCUUUUGCUUGACGCGAGGUUACAAGAGCGAUUCGUCCCCGCGGCGCUGACACGGGGGAGUGUAAGCGUGAAACGCUGGAGUACACGGUUCAAUUGGGGAGAUUAUUGGCACUGCUGGGCAUGGGCAGUCAGUGUGGAGUGGAAGAUUGGCAGUGUCAUGUUGCUUGCGAUGAUGACUUUCCCGCUGGCCGUGGGAUUCUUGGUGUAUCAUGUCUACCUAAUUUGGGCAGGGAUGACGACGAAUGAGAGUGCCAAGUGGAGUGAUUGGAAAGAGGAUAUACUGGAUGGGGUGGUAUACAGGGCCAGGAUAGAGGAGCUGAGGGAGACGUAUCCCAGGUUGCCCGCGGAUGUGGAACCCAGGGAAGAGGAGGUGAUGUGGCCGAGAGCAGCGAGGGCAAGGUGGUGGCUUGUUAGGAUGAACGAUGGGAGGCAACCUACUGUCAAGCCGAAGGUGGAUGAGAGUCGGGGACGGGCUGGAGCGGACGAAGGAGGUGAGUACAAGGAAGUCCCGGAUGAGAGGUGGGCGAGGGUGCACAGUCUGAGAGAGGUUGAGAAUGUGUACGAUCUCGGGUUCUGGGGCAACCUGCGGGACGGGAUGUUGAAUCGAGGGUGAGAGGCGCCGGAAAGCGAUGGUCAUAUGACAGGAGGUGUAUAUACCAAUCCAUUCGACAUAUUCAAGGUAGCCUGGCCUCGUCCGAGAGGGACAAGGGUGGUGUUGAGGGGGUCAUUGGUGGUGUUGCCCUUCAGUGGUAGGUGAGUAGCUUUAAUAUCG